UCUGCUAAUAAAAAUAGCAGGAAAGAUUUUCUCUUUUUUUACCCUUCUCGAGAGAGCAAGAAAAGGAACCAAAACGGAAAGCAAAAUGCACUUGAGCGAGAAUGAAGGGAUAGAGGCCAACACCUUUGUAGUCACAGGUGGAUUGGGUUUCGUGGGUUCCGCCUUAUGUCUGGAGCUGGUCCGUCGAGGUGCUCGCCAAGUCCGAGCCUUUGAUCUCCGACUCACUUCUCCUUGGUCUGAUGAUCUCAAGAAUCAUGGGGUUCGACUCAUUCAAGGGGAUCUUACUCGAAAAAAAGAUGUUGAUAAAGCCUUACGUGGGGCCGAUUGUGUUUUCCACCUUGCUUCGUAUGGCAUGUCGGGGAAAGAAAUGCUCCAGUUUGGUCGGGUUGAUGAGGUGAAUAUUAGUGGAACUUGUCUUGUUUUGGAGGCUUGUCUCGAGUUUGAGAUCAGAAGGCUUGUUUAUGUGAGCACAUAUAAUGUUGUAUUCGGUGGAAAGGAGAUUGUGAAUGGCAAUGAAAGCUUACCUUACUUCCCUAUUGAUGACCAUGUUGAUUCGUAUGGGCGGAGCAAAUCGAUUGCUGAACAGUUGAUUUUAAAGCACAAUGGCCGACCUUUUAAGAAGAACAAUGGAAAACGUCUUUACACGUGUGCAAUUCGUCCCGCUGCUAUAUAUGGGCCAGGUGAAGAAAGGCAUUUUCCGAGGAUUGUAUCCUUUGCCAAGCUAGGUCUUCUGCCUUUCAAAAUUGGUGAUUCAAAUGUGAAGACAGACUGGGUAUAUGUGGAUAACCUUGUGCUUGCAAUAAUAUUGGCAAGCAUGGGGCUUUUGGAUGACAUUCCCAAAAAAGGAGGGCAUCCAGUUGCUGCUGGCCAGCCAUACUUUAUAUCUGAUGGGUCUCCAAUCAACAGUUUUGAAUUCCUGCGGCCUCUGCUUAGAAGCCUGGAUUAUGACCUACCAAAGGCUGCUUUAUCUGUCUCUCAUGCUCUUUUUCUGGGAAGGAUGUUCUCUGCUAUCUAUACAGUCUUGUACCCAUGGUUGAAUCGGUGGUGGCUUCCUCAACCACUCAUCCUUCCUGCUGAAGUAUACAAGGUUGGCGUGACCCACUACUUCUCAUUCCUAAAAGCCAAGGAGGAGCUUGGCUAUGUUCCAAUGGUUAGUCCUCGGGAGGGCAUGGCUGCAACUAUCUCAUACUGGCAGGAAAGGAAAAGGAAAGCUUUGGAUGGUCCUAACAUAUAUGCAUGGCUCUUUGUUGUGGUUGGAAUGAUUUCAUUGUUCGGUGUUGCUUACUUGCCAGACAUAGGACCAGUGCCGCUUUUAAGAGCUAUAUCCCUUUUCUUCUUUCGGUCUAUGUGGGUGAUAAGGGCAGUUUUUGUUUUAUCUAUGGCAGCACAUCUUGGCGAGGGUCUAUAUGCAUGGCAUCUGGCAAAAAUGGUGGAUCCUGCAAAUGCAAGAGCAUGGUUUUGGCAGACAUUUGCGCUCGGGUUCUUUUCAUUGCGUUUUCUGUUGAAGAGAGCCAAGAGUUAAAAUCUGGGCUUUAACCAAUGUUCUCCUGUACUGUUUGAUCAUUGUAAAACACCUCUUUUCCCAUUGGUGGGAAGCAGUAGUGCUCAAGCUUUGAGAUGUUAAGACUA